AUUACGGUCAAUAAGUUUUGAUUUGCGGUUUUAGAUCAAACUCUCUUAAUAAGUAAGAACUACGAAGGAAUACCGGAAUAGGUAACCCAGAAUUGUGAAUGGCGACGGUAGGAGGAUCUAGUAGAGAAGGAACAGCCAAAGCAGCAGUGGCUGAUCAGAUUACACAGUCGAUCCAAUCUACCUCCAAUCUUCUUCAACUUAUGCACCAAUCUUCUCCUUCUCAGGCCCAGUUAGCGAAGCUUCCCAAGAACCUUUUGGCAAAAACAGAUAUGAUCAGAAAUACUGGGCAAGUUCUGCAGCAGCUACCUCUUGUGGUUUCAUCACUUGAUGCAUAUAUGGAUGAUGGAUUACAAUGCAUUCCUCAUUUAAAGACUGUAACCCAACUCCUAACAAACAUGGAAAGCUCCCAGCUCAAGUCUUCUCAUUCUAGCCUUGACGAGUAAGGAAACAGGUGCCAUGAUUAAAGCUUUGAAGGUAGAAAAGGUAACUAAGGAUUUCUUGAUUUUCAAAGAAGAAGAUGAUUGCUUGUUUUGGAAAAGUAAAGUGACGAUUCUUUGGGUUUUAAAAGGGUUAAAGAUAACUUGUGAUGGGAAGAAAGCAAUAAAGGUGUAAGGUGUAACCCCUAAGAUCAUGCAAUAUCAUUUAACAUACCAAGUUCUAUACGUAUAAAAGCAAAACGACAAGAUUCAAAACCUUUGUAAUUAUAUCAGCAAGUUAUUGUUUAAUAGGAACAAAAGAGAGAGACUCAUUACCUUUUUCAACAUCGUCACGUAUGAAAUGAUGACGUACCUCAAUAUGCUUUAUACGAGAAUGUUGGAUUGGAUUAGUUUUAAUACAAAUAACGCUUGUGUUGUCACACAUUAUUGGUAUGCCUUUGAGAUUUAGUCCAAGAUCUCUAAGUUGUGCAAUCCACCGUACUUGUGAGCAACAAGCUCCAGCUGCAAUGUAUUCUACUUUUGCUGUUGAUAGAGGUACUGAAUUUUGCUUCUUAGAGUGCCUAGAGAUCAAUGAUGAUUCUAAGAAUUGACAUGAUUCAAAUGUGCUCUUUCUAUCAACUUCAUAUUCAACAUAAUCAGCAUCCUAAUAACCAACCAACGCAAAAUUGCUACUACUAGGAUACCAGAGGCCAAAGUCUUUAGUCCCAUGUAAAUAUCUAAAUAUUGUUUUGACGGUAGUUAAUUGUGAUUCUUUUAAAUUAGCUUGAAAUCUUACACAUAAGUUUGCACUAAACAUAACAACUAGCCAUUAAAUAUAAUAGAGAAUCAAUCAUACCUCUAUAAGAUGUUUGAUCUACACUCUUACCAUUUAAAUCUUAAUCCAAGCUUAUGGUUGAGCUGAUGAUAGUGUUUGCACUUUUGUUAAAGAUUACUUUGUUAUGUUACUGAUUCUUGAAAAGUUGCUGAUUUUUGAUAUGUUCUUCAAGUUCUUUAUGUUACUAAUUUAUAUGAUGCUCAAAUAUCUUGAUUAAUUAUCGUAUUUGUAUAUGCUUAUUUGAUGACAUGAUUAAGUUAUUUAAUUUAGACAUAUUUGUAUGUUAUUCAAAAAGUUAAUGGUUAUCUAAAAUAACUGGUUACCCUUAUUCUUGAGUUAAUGUUUACCUAAAAUAACAGGUUACCCCUAUUCAUUUAAAAAAGGAAAAGUAAUUGUAUCUUUAACCGAAUAAAUCUUCACUCUCCUGCACUGUUUCUUUUUUCGACCUUGCCUCCAUUCUCUCUGUUCAAUUUAACUCUUUUGCCCAAGUUUGUUAAAGUUGCAAAUGAGUGGAUGUGAUUCUUAACGCGGACGCAACACAAACUCAAUUUUCACAAACUGGAGCCCAAAUUGAAAACUGUUCGCAGGGGACCAAACUUAAGAGAGAAUUUCUAUUCUUGCCCAAAAUUUUCCUUUGUGUUUUAGUUGAUUUUGUUUUUGCUUUGU